GCUACUUUUAUCUGGUCCUCCUGUAAUAAAGGUUGCACGUCCCUACUGUAGAUGACAAAUUGGUUAUUCGUUUCUCCCCUUUCUGCUUCACGCUACGUUUCCGGCACUUGGUAAUUGAUAAAGAUAGGCAGUACGAAGAAUUCUAAGCAAGGGACUUCGUAUGGGUAUUACGUAUGAUGUUUGCGGACGCGGAUGUCUGGAUUCUGGACAGGGAAGUGAAUUUAAUCUGUUUCGUGUGGGUGUGCGUACGGUAAAGUCUGAAUGUGAAAAGUAUGCAGAAAAAAGUUGUUUGCAGUUAUUUUUCGGUACUGGGCUUGCCGAUAUAAGAUCGCGAUCUGAAGCCUGAAAAAAGUCGGGAAACAUUGUCUGGAUGAUGUAACACCUUGUGUCUUCUUCAAUGACUUUCUGGUGAACUGUAGAACAGAUCAUUUUCCGGUUUUCGAGGGAGAUACUUACAAUGAUUUGCUUGUUAAAUGUGGAAUAAAAUGUCACAUUUCUCCUGUUUACUUGCCGAUGUUUGCUAUUUGGAAUCCAUCGGAUAAAUCGUGGAAAAAUAUGAACAGGGGUAUCGACAUUACAGAAAAGUUUUUGGAAUUUAGAAUUCGAUUCAUAGUCAAAUUAGAAGCCCAAAUAGCUGGAGAAAGAAAAAUCGCCAAACGUUGGUCUCUUCCUGGAGAACAAAUAACACGUUGCAUGGACAGCACGGUGAUUGCGUAUUAUUAUCAUCAACUCAGAGAUGAUUAUUUGCUCGAUAAAUUAACAUUAAACACCGGUGAUCAAUCACAAACUGAUAUUCUUUUAUCUGCUUUUGAGAUUGCUGUCUAUGAUAUUCUGUGUAUGUCCAAAGCUGCCAAUGUUAAUAUAAAUGCAGUUAAACAUCAAAUUAAAAUUAAAAAACUUUUGCCCAAGUCUUGUUUUCGUUCAUUUAGACAAGCUGAAAUUAAAAGAAAAUUUAAUCAACAUUGGAAGCAAUUUUUAUCAAGUGCUCAGAACUGGGAGGAAAAUCAUCAUAGAUUGGUGUUCUAUCAUCAAAGAUACAUUUCAAACUUGGAUGAGUUUCUUGUAUCCCAUGGUACAGAGUCAUAUAAAUUGGCCAUGAAUGGUUAUGUCACUGUUAGUGCAGAUUUGGGAAUAACUUUUCACAGAAAUAGCGAUGAUGAUGAUGAAAUCACAGAACACUGGGGUGAAUUCUGGGAACUUACCGACAUGUCACUUAACUUUCAAAAUAGCAUGGUAACCCUUGGAAAAUUUGAUGGAAGCGUGAAAAAGUUUGAAAUGAAAUCUAUAUAUGAAACAGAAAAUUUAGCUUCAUGCAUAAAUGGAUAUUAUAAUUUACUCGUUGAUGCUCAUCAUUAUUUAUGUAUGGAAGUUACCUCGCCUAUGCUGAUUGAACAUCUUAUACUAGGAUGUCAUGGACCAAUAACACCAUCAUUUGCAGAAGAAUCCCUAAGAAAGAGAGAGGCUGAAGGAGUUGUUGAAGUAGGGGACUGCAUUUUACGCCAAUCACACGAUACGCAUGGUGAAUAUUAUGUUGAUACCGUUUUCGAUCAUUCUCCUCUUCAAAUUAGAAAUUUCAAACUCAACAGAAAUCCUUCUGGGCAACUAGGAAUAUUUGGGUUAGAACAUUCAUAUAAGUAUAAACAUAUUUCCCAGCUCCUCAAUUCAUGUAAAGAUGGACGCUUCGAUGAAGUUGAAGUACCAAUCAAACCAAAUAAAAUAGUUUUCCCUCAAAGUAAACAGAGAAAUAAUUUGAUAGUAAAUCUAUGUUGCAAUCAAGAAAAUAGAGAAACUGAUUUUUAUAACGUACGAGGAAUCGUCCCUACAACUGUUCUUAUCAGACUUGAAGAUUAUUCUCAUGUGCGUUAUUUGGGCAGUAGUCAUUUUACUGAUGUUAAAAGAUAUACAAAAAGAGGUGAAACUGACAAAUACAUUGUUUUCAAAACAAUUAUUGAUCAAGAUAUAAACACAGCUGAUUCAAAAGCACUUAAUGACCAUAUCAAUAUCUCUCUCCAAGAGUCUACGGCGAUACUAAACCGUUUGGAACAUAACCAUAUAAUUCAGCAUAUUGGAAUGACAUUAAAUAAUAUGUUAGCAUUUGAAUACCUUCGUUUUGGAUCAAUCACCUCUUAUCUAGAAAAUGUUCAGAAAAGUGAAUUAUCGCAUAACCCGACUUGGCUGUUACAAGUUAUUUUACAGAUAACCCGUGCCUGUCAUUAUUUGGAAGAAUUGGGUUUUGCACAUGGCAAUUUACAAGGGAAAAACAUACUCUUGCAAAAUGACUAUCCUCAGCCCCAUAUCAAAUUAGCAGAUGCUGGAGUUUUAACAAGAAUCAGAACAAGUGAAGUUUCUGACACUUGUAAAAGAUUAUUUGUUGAAGCUCGAUUGACCUCUCCCUGGCUUGCUUAUGAAUUUUGUGAUAUCGAUGAUUCACCAAAUUUUAACAAAUAUCCAACAAUUGCAGGAGACAAAUGGAGUUUUGCAACAACGCUUUGUGAGAUUUUAAAUUUUGGUAGAAUAACUGUGGAUCCUAUGAACGGGAAUGAAAUGACAGAAAAAAUGAAAACGUUUUACAGAAAUGGUACUUUGAAUCAAUGUUUAUGUAUACCAGAACUCAUUACAAACAACGCCAAAAUUAACAACUUAAUUUGUUCUUGUUGGUCUAAGAAUCCCAGUGAACGACCAUCUUUUCACAACAUUUUACGUGAGUUGGGAUCCACUAUAGCUAGUGAUCACGCUUUAUCGCCUCUUCCCGCUCAACCAAUCUGUGAUAUGAUUGUUGAGAUUGAGCACGACCUACCUACAUACGAAGAUGAGAAACUGACUUGCCGCAGAAGCUUAGGUGAAGGGCAUUUUGGUUGUGUCGAACUCUGUGCCUAUGAUCAAUACAGAAAUAACAAUUUUGAAUUUGUCGCUGUGAAACGAUCGAAGCUACCAAUGAAUAAAAGACUACAAGAGUUUACUCAAGAGAUAGAAACUAUGAAAAAAUUGAAUCAUCCUUAUGUUGUACGUUUACUCGGAGUUGCUACUCCAUCUAACAGGAUUGUUAUGGAAUAUCUGAAAAAUGGAUCUCUUGUGGAUAAUUUGAGAGAAAAGAAAAGAACUGGUAGAACAUUACCUAUGUCUACACUACUACAGUUUUCAUCACAAAUUGCUGAAGGUAUGGUAGCUCUGCAGCAAAAACGUUUGAUUCACAGAGACUUAGCUUUACGUAAUAUUUUAUUAGGAAACGACUUAGACCACCCUCGCAUAAAAAUAUCAGAUUUUGGGCUGUCUCGUUUUCUCGGCGAAGAUGCAGAUGCCUAUAUGGGAAAUCUCAUUGAUUUCCCAGCCAAAUGGUAUCCACCUGAAUGCCUUUGCAAGGAAGGUAUUGGUUUCCAAUUUGAAUCAGAUGUUUGGUCAUAUGGAGUAACUCUAUGGGAAAUGUUCUCUUAUGGGGACAAACCAGUUUACCAGACUUGCCCUGAAAUCAGAUAUCGAGAACAGUUACAAGAUUUACUCAAUUGUUUAAUAAAUGAUGAAAGACUGCAGAAACCAAGAGAUUGUCCUGUUGAAGUCUAUGAACUAAUGUUGCAGUGUUGGGCAUAUGCACCUUCUGAUAGAUUAUCUUUUGUUGAAAUUAAAAACAAACUUGAUGACUUGUUUCCACAUGCUGAUCAGCUUCCUUUAUAAAUAUAAUGAAUGAUUGCAUAACAUAAUAUUUUUUUUUUAUAAUUUUGCUAUAUGAAUUUUUUUCAAUUACUCUAUGUCAAUUAAGCAUUUAAUUUUUCUGAUUAUAAUUAUUUCUGACAGCUUAGUAUUAAUAAUUUUAUAUUUGCUUGAAAGUUUUUUCUGUUUUAUAUUUUUUUGAUAAUAGCAUGAAUUUUAUGUUUUAAAAUACUUUUCUCCUUUGAAGUUCAAGAAUUUGAAGAAUUAUAAAAAUUAUAUUUAUGACAUUUUAACUCUCUCUAUUUUAACUCGAAAUAGAAUAAACUUUUUAACUGUAUAUUUAUUUAUACUUUCAUUAGUUUUAUAUGUUUUAAUAGAUGUUUACAUUAAUUAAUAAUUUUAUGCAGUAAAAUUGUAUUUAGAAAAUGAAUAGGCCUGUUAGGAAAUCAUUGUCAAUUGAUUACUUCAAAGAAGAAACAUAUUUCCUAAUGUUUGACAUGUGACUGUGCCACUUAUUAUGAUAUAAUAGAAUAGUGGUGUAAUUAUGUAUAAUUAAAUUUUACAAUUUGUACACCAGUGUUGUUAUUUCUAUGUCAUACGUAUCAAAAUUUGAAUUGUCAUUUUGUGCAAACUAACUCAAAACUGCAAUAUUUAUAUAUAAUUGAACUUUUUAUUAAUCUUAUUUUUUAUUUACAUUACCAACAUAAUACAGUAUUUCUUAAAUUUUACCAAAUCCUAGACAAUGCCAGCCACAAAUUUACUGCCAACCUGAUAUUGAUACCUGUGGCAUCUUGGCCAUUGCCCACCUGCAAUCAUACAUAUAAAUUGCUUUGGAUCGAGAUAGCUUUAAUUGAUCAGAUAUAUCAAAAUAUCUGAUCAGAGGUUAGAAAUAGAUGACAAUUUUUUUCACGAUUAACUGCUUUAAAGUAAACAUUUAAAACGUGUGUCAACUGUUUCACAUUCAUUCCUCCUUUUGUGUUGUGGAUCUAUUGAAAUCCUUAAAUGCUCUGUAAAUCUUUUUCCCAAUCAUGAGAGUACAUUAAUCAUAAAUUCCCAUAUUUUUAACAUAUUGUAUUGUAUUAUUCAUGCAAUACCUAGCUUGCAAGGCUUUUGUUUUUAAUUUUGUAAUUUUAUUCAAUCAUGUGAUGUUUCCUGUUUUGAUGAUUGCGUGCUCGUUGUGUGUGUGUACCCAUACGAUAAAUAGAUAACAGAUGUUUAAUUAGUAAACCUGUUUUUAUUAUUGAUAGCCUCCUAAUGUACCUGAUGUUUGGUUUUAAUCGUAUGUUUUUGUUAGUGAAGCCUGAGUUUUUGUAAUAGUCGUAUUUUAAUAAAAAAAUUCUAAUAAUUUUAGA